AUGCAACGCAUUACGAUCGCCAGCGCCGCCCUUGCCGCCGUGGCCGCGGCCAGCGACAUCUUUGCCCAAGAAAACCUCGACGUGAUCAAGGAGCUCGAGCAGUGGAAGAAGAGCCAAGCCGGCAAGAAGGCCAUCGAGUCGGGGUUUGUGCCCAAGCCCGAGUCGAACGGCCGCCAGGAAGCCAGCACGUCAGUCGAGGCUCUCGAGCUCGAGCGCUUCAAGUCCACGAAGAAGGUCGUGGAGCAGCUCAACAAGGACUACCCGGAUGCCGAGUUCUCGGUCGAUAACCCGUUCGCGCUCAUGACCGAAGACGAGUUUGCGCAGUACGUCAUGGGCUCGUUCGGCCAGGACCAGCGCAAGCUGCGCACCGUGGACCACGUGGCCCGCGAGCUCACGCCGGCGCAGCGCGAAGCGAGCGACGUCGACUGGUCGAGCCACAAGUGCAACGAGCCGAUCAAGAACCAGGGCGAGUGCGGGUCGUGCUGGACCUUCUCGUCCAUCGGUGUGGCGUCCUCUCGUUCCGGCAACUCGGAAAUGCUGCGGUACCUCAUGGGCCCCCGGUCCUUUGCGAGCUUGCUCGUCGUGCUCGACAGAGCCAGUCGCUGCUCGGCCGCGUUUGUGUCGUUGCUUUGGAGCCACUGGAGUCGCUCGACAGAGUAUGAGCGCGCAUUUGUCGACAACCCACCGUCUGUCUCACCGGCCCUUCAAGCCCUUGUGACGGCUCAUUUUGUGAGCGCUGCACCCACCCUUGCGCAGUCGAAAGGCGAGGUGCGCGAUGUGGCGCCCCGUCGAAGCAUCUUGGGACAUCAAAGCACCCUGGGACGCCGCCAGAAGCUGCCGCGACUUGGCCCGACGGCGAACGCUCUCCUGGUGCUCGCCACGAUGGCGCCCGAUGCGAUUUCUGCGUUUACAACCGCUUGGCUCUCGGCGCUGCCGGCCGAUUUCGAUACCUCGCUGGAGCUGCUCUAUCCCAUUGUCACGUGGAUAGACAAGAAACUCCGAUGUUGCCGUGGCAGUACAGUCGAGCAUCUGACGACAGAGUGCUUGGCGAGGCUCCGGGCCACCCGUGCCCCGGCCACACUCGAGCCUGCGCACGAGAUGGCCGACAUCGCCAUCGAUCCAGCGCACUGCGCCGAAUGCCACGGGGUCGCCGCCUUUCUUCGUGACGGCAAGAGAGCGCAUCUCGAUCUCCAGCUGUCAUCGUGGAGACUCUGUUCCAAUGUCCGUGAGUGCGUAUCCGCCAACCCCGACCGGCUCACGAUGCCGAAGCGCAGUGCACUGAACACCGAGGGCAUACUCAAGCUUCCGCCGCUAGCCGGGGUCUCGCUGGCAGACUACACGAGCACCCAGAAUGACCUCGCGCACAUUGACCACAGCAUUGCGACGCUCGAGUCGAUGCUUGCCGAUGCCACCCGACCCGCAGCGAAGCGCCCGCGGUAUGCUUUCAACUUUUUCGCCUAA